GGGGCCGAGGCUGCAGACGCGACUGCGCAGGUCUAUAAAGACCCGACGUGUGAGGAAGAGACCUCUGCACGGUCCCUGGACAGAAUUCGAGAUGAGGAGUCCUCUGGACGUCAGCUCCGGCCACACCCCUGCCUGGAGGAAGCUGCUUUUAACAGGCAUCCUGCUCACAUCCUGCACCUGCUCUGCCUUCUCGGAGCUGCCCUUCUCAACACAGCUGAACACCUGGACCGAAGGAGCCAGUGCCCACCUUUCUGUCCCCAGAAGACUCGAUGGCAUUCUCACCACGUCUUGGUUCCGAGGGCAUGACGCCCAGCCAGCAGCCAUGAUAUUCUCCCCGGAGGGCCUCCCAGGACCUGCCCACACUGGCCGGGAGAUGCUGGGCGCCCAAGGCAGCCUGGUCAUUCGAAACGUGACGGCUCAGGACUCGGGCAGCUACACCGUCGUGCUGAAAACCAGCAGGGGGCGCAGGAGUGCAACAGAGCAGAUCCAUGUCAAGAACAGCUUCCCACCAGCGCAACUGAAGACAUUCCCAGCCGCUUUUGAGGGCGUCAUCCAGACUGAGCUCAACUAUUCUGUGAUCCUGCAGUGGAUGGUGAUAAUGAACCCUGAGCCUGUGGUGAGCUGGACCCACAAUGGGGUGCCCUGCGGAAUAGGAGAGAGGCUGUUCAUCCGGCGGUUGUCCACGGAGCAGUUGGGCACCUAUAUGUGCACAGCCACAAACAGCAAGGAACAGCUGGUCUCUGCGCCUGUGACCAUCUCACUGCCAAACGGAGAAUAUCCAGCUGAAACAUGGGCAACAAUCCCGUCAGCUGAAGAGCAGAGUGGCCCAAGCUUGUUCACAUGGCAGAGACAGGAUUCCAAGAGGAAGAGCAAAAACUACAAGGCCCCUCAAGUCUCAAUCUCAAAAUUGGCAUGCCAUCACUUCUGCCACAGAAGGGACUUCAUUGGCGAAAGUCACGUGGCUGGCCAAAUUCAAGGGGUGGGGAAGUUGAUUCCGCCUCUUACUAGGAAGGGAAAAAUCCGUGGCCUGUUUUGCAAUCUACCAACAAAUGUGGAAGUACACUGCUCUCUCUCCCAGCCUCCCCCGCCCACACACUUCACCCCCACCCCAAGCCCUUACCAGUCUUUUUCCCCUACACGUGGAAUUCGUAGUUCUCCGUCUCUCUCUCGACAGGUGGGCACUUUGUACUUCUCUGUCCACGUGGAAAAAGCCUCCAUCCCAUAGCUUCCAAGUCCACAACAUCUCUGUUCAAGGGAACAACCCAGCUUAACCAGACUCCGUUUGUCCUGUUUCUGUAACACCUGAAGAAAGCAUCUGAUGGGUUGACCCGGUGCCAUCCGUGGUCCCAUCGCUGUGACACAUUGUGCAAGCAAAGCACCAUGGGCUCAUCCCUGUCUGUGGAAGCUCAGUGCUUAGAAAACAGGUGGGAUGUUUUACCUGGGAAAUUGCCCAGACCCCAAAAUAUGUCUAUUACACAUGCUGCUCUUUUUUUUCUUUUUGCUCUUUUUCAUAAAGAACCAAAACAUAAAUAAAAACACCACCAGGUCUGAGUGGUUUCUCAUGAA